CGGAGCCUGAGCAAGGAAAGCGGAGCACGGGAGAGGAAAGAAGGAGCCGGCAGGAAGGUUAUACAAUAUCCCCCAAAUAGAUGCGGCAUCACAAUUAUGUGCCCUGCACUCCAAACAGAGCUAAAACCACAGCUUCUGACUGAUCCAUAUGACAACUUCAUGCAGCAUCACCUGAAAUAUUAUGGCUAUUUUAAAGAAAAUACACCAAGAGAAGAGGAGAUUUUAUUACGUCCAGCCCGAAGAAACAGAAGGCAGGAGCAAACCCCUACAGACAGCGAUUCAGACAGAUUCUCCUAUGACCAAAAGAAACUGAUGAUUUACUCGCUGUUGCUAGAAAGCACAGGAUUUAAGAGCAGACAGAUUGUUUUUGAUCGUCAGGAAGGACAAAUAAUCCCACGUCUCAGGGAGCCCCGCGAUCUGUUCUCUACUCUCAGGGAAAAUGGCUUCUUGCAACCGCCACGCUGGCCUACUGAAUGUGAGGUCAUUCCUGGAGAAAUCACUCACAUUGACUGGGAUCCGGCCCAUCCAGAGCCCUUCUACAGCCAUACCGGCAAAGAAACAAUGCCACCAGUUUCUGGGCAAGGAGAUGGCAAAGUGGUGUAUGAAAUCAAACCAGCAUACAAAGGGUCUCAUUUCACUGGUUCCCGAACUGGUGGACGUCGGUGUGUCAUUUAUUCACCUUGUACAAAUGUUGAUGGGACAAAUAACAACGACUUGCAGUUUGAAUCUCGAUUUGAAAGUGGCAAUCUCCAAAAAGCUGUCAAAGUAGGGAGAUAUAAGUACGAACUGACCCUACGCACGGACCUCUAUACCAGCAAGCACACUCAAUGGUUCUACUUCCAGGUGAAGAACACAAAGAAAGGUGUCCCCUACCGUUUCAUUAUCACUAACCUGAUGAAGAGCAACAGCCUGUACAAUGCCGGCUUGAAGCCUCUUAUAUAUUCAGAACACAAUGCCACUCUCACAGGAGAGGGGUGGAAGAGGAAAGGGAGAGAUAUAAAGUACUAUCGUAACUCGCAACCACAGGAUGGUGGCUCUUUGUACUGCUUGACUUGGACAUUUGAGUUUCCCCAUGACAAUGAUACCUGUUACUUUGCACACUGUUAUCCGUAUACAUAUUCUGACUUGCAUAGGGAUAUUCAAAGAUGGACUAGUGACCCGGGAAGAUCUCAGUACUGCAAACUCCGGACCUUGUGCAGGAGUCUGGCCGGUAACACAGUCUACUUGAUGACUAUUACUUCCCCUUCAGUAAACCCUGAGUUAGCCACUAGUAAAAAGGCAGUGGUGGUGACCUCCAGAGUACAUCCUGGGGAGACAAACGGU